GCCACUUCCCAGAGGCGGAAAAAAAUGCGAACCGUCCAUGUGGCCCCGAUGCCGCAGACUUGGUACUUUUCACUGGAGCGACAAGCAGGUUCCAGAGCAAGUUUGUGGGGAACCCAUUUUGUGUAGCCUGUCUUGUGUGUGACCACUUGCGGUUUUCGAGUCACCUCACAUCGAUUACGGUAGUGCGGGACGUCGACCGACGCACGAUCCCCUUCGCUGCCGCGGCAGUGAAGCAGUGUGUGCCCUUUAAGCGCGGUGGAGGGUUCUGUGAGAACUACGAGGGGCGCCUUAUUGGCGUUGAUGGAGAGUUAUGCCGCUGGCUUCCAGCAGCACGGUGUUGGUCCGGGGGACCGCGUGUGCACUCACCUGAAGAACGGCCUGGAAAAUCUCGCUGCCAUGUACGGUUGUAUCUUCGCCGGGGCUACAUUGGUACUUGCGAAGACUUCUCUCACGCAAAAGGAACUACGUGGUCAGAUCAUGGACAGCGACAGCACGCACGUUCUCACAGACGUUGAAUUGACUGAAAAAGUGAAGAAGGCAACUUCGAACCUCGAACUUAAGCUCUUAUUCGCAAUGGGCACUGUAAGCGGAUUUGUUUCUACGGCUUCCUUCAAAGACUUGGACAAAUCAGCUUUCAGAGGGUGUCCUGUUGAAGAUCCUCGUGAAGCGAUCAUCGUCGUCGUCUACACGUCAGGUACCACGGGACUUCCGAAGGGCGUGGAGCACACGCACUACAGCUUCGUCGCCAACUACUUCACUUCUAAACCAUGCAAUUCGUCCGACGAAAAAGAUACUGUGCUCGCUUCAGCUCCUAUCACCCACGUAUCUGGGUUGUAUCUUUCUUUGAUGCCAGUGCUCGAUGGAUCAAUGUGUGUACUAACGCAGCCAGGUAUCAAGUUGCAGGAGAUGGCCAAACUUGUCAAGGAGCACAACACCACUUCCAUGUUUACGUUCCCAACCCGACUUCACGCUCUGAUAGAGGAGAUGCUGCGCACUGGAGAGCGGCUCAAGAGCUUUCGUCGCAUCGGAGUUGGUGGAGGCGCACUUCCGCAGGCAACGUACGACGCCGCUUUCAAAGCUUUCGCUAACCUUGAGUGCAUCGUCAACAUGUACGCAAUGACGGAGAGCGGCGGCCUCGUCUGCUCGCCUUCCAUGCGGAGUGCGAAAGGAACCGACAUGGGAUUUCCCGCCGUCAUGACUGAAGUCAAGGUUGUUGACCCUGUGACUCGAAUGAAACUGGGUCCGAACGAGACCGGCGAGAUUUGUUUCCGCAACCCGAUGGUGAUGCGCGGCUAUUACAAGCGACCCAAAGAAACUGCAGAGUUCUUCGAAGGAAAUGGCUGGUGCAGAUCAGGAGACGCUGGCUACUAUGACGAAGAUGGACGCUUUCAUUUCAUCCAGCGAAUGAAGGAGUUAAUCAAGUGCAUUGACAACCAGGUUGUCCCGGCAGAACUCGAGCAACUGCUUCUUCAGGAGCACCCGGCAGACAUCGCGGAAGUUGCAGUGGUCGGAAUACCGCACUCUCAGUACGGCGAAGCACCAGCUGCUGCUGUAGUGCUAAAGGAAAAACCCACAACCUGUAGCACCUCGGAGCUGACGGAUAAGAUUAAAAGAACCAUCGCAGAAAAGUUGGCUGUCCACAAGCAACUUUAUGGAGGUGUCUUCUUCCUGGACUUCUUGCCCAAGAAUGAAAUGGGAAAAAUAAACAGGAAAGCACUCGUGGAACAGUGUGCUGCUAAAAUAUGUUUGUAAUAAAUAAAGAAGUUUUGAGGGUA